CCGCGUUUUGGACAUUGCAGACGGUCGGACUCGUCUCUCAGACGCCAGCGCAUUGAGAUCAAGAAGGAAAGCUUGUUUUGAGGAAAACUCGUUUGUAGCUCGUUUUCUACAUCACUACGAAAUAUUUAUUGAUGCGGAAAAGUCGAAUCUGUGAAUAUCUUGUUAACUUUACCGAACUUCUUGCUCAUUCUUUCCUGCACUUCCGCUGUUGUCCUGAAACUGCGAGUCUGCGGCUGCAUACUAUUGGCCUCCUUACCAGCUCGACACCUCCGUUUCUUGUAAACGUACACCACUGUUGUAUAUCUGCGUGCGUUUUAGGUUCCCUUUCGUUUUCAUUCUAGACCUAUUCACAUACAAGGAAAUAAACAAGCGACGUACGGUAAACGCGCUCUCAAAGCGCAAACUUACAGUAAGAUCAAACUGUCUGUGAACUUUAUACACAGGUGUUCCUGCUCUUUUAAAGAAGAACGAUGAACGCUUUAUCCUGUCUGUCUUGGGUCUUAUUGUUUUAUAUUUUCUGCGCCUUAGCUGAGAAGGUCCCGGCCCCUGAGAAUGUGAGAGGGAUAUCUCUGAACAUGGGAUUAGUUUUGGAAUGGGAUCCACCACAAAACACCAUGAAUACACUCUUCAACUACACUGCUGAAAUAAAAGGAUGGAAUAUGUAUGAGCCAGUGUGUCUAAGCAGCUCGUCACUAAGCUGUGAUUUCACUGACAAAGUUUCCAGUUUUGGAACUUACCAACUUCGUGUUCGGGCAGAGCUACAUGGAGAAACUUCUGAUUGGGUGCAAACUGAAACGUUAUCAUUGGAUUUAAUAACUGAGAUUAGCGCUCCUCAUGUAGAACUGAAAAGCAGAAAAGGACAAACAGAAGUUGAUAUCACUGAUCCUCCUAUGAAAAAAAAGAAUUUGAGGGAUGUCUUUGGAAAUAUUUCCUACCUCAUUCGUUACUGGAAAUAUGGAGAAACAAAAAAGGAAGAACUAAUAAGAGAGCAGAACAGAGUUGUGUUGCCAAGACUGGAGCCUCUUGUAAAAUACUGCGUUGAAGUAGAGAUUUUGUAUUCUAAGAAUAAAAGUCAGACCAGCAACAUCACCUGUUUAACCAACACCCCCAGCAAUGAAGUAGAGCCUUGGCUUAUAGCAGUUGUGCUCCUGGUCAGUUUUCUGCUGGUGUUAGUUGCUGUUGUCCUGAUAUUUCUGGCUGUGUGGUUUGGCUACAGAGGAUGCAGAAUUAUUUUCCCUGAUGCUGAUCUGCCAGAGGACCUAAAAAAAUUUUUGUCACAACGGUCCCAGUCUUCAAUACUUUCGGCCAUGCAGGAGAACACGCCGGUGAAGGAGGACUUUUGUGAGCUGAGGAUAUUGCACAAGGAGCCAAUCAGUUCUCUGGACAAUCAGCAGAUAGAAGGACCAAUCAGGAUUCAGACACAUAAGAAUGAGUGUUGUAUAGGAGCCAAUGUAAAACAGAGCAGUGAGGAGAAAUCUAAAAUGAUCAUCACAACAGAACAGAAGCCUUUGUUGCUGGAAUGAGACCAUAGUAAUAUUAUAAUCAGUUAUCAUUGAUCAUGUAUUUUGCCAACUUAAACUAGGCUAUUCUGUGAAAACAGAAAAAAAAAGGACAAGCUAUAAAAGAUAAACAUGUCAGCUAGAGCUGGACUGUUUUUGUUUGAAUUUAUUCAAUCUUCAUUUUGAUGAACCGAUAUUGAAUCUUAAAUUCCAAGAAUAUUAUAUAUAUAUGCUGUUUUUCAGUUGAUAUAUGAACAAAACAAUACACUAAACAUUGGCUUUGUUACAAAGUCCCAGCUUUCAAAUGUGAACCGAUCAUCUCUUUCUUGCAAAAAAUAAAUGUUCUGUAACAAGGAGCUAUUUUAUAGUUUAUAACAACCAAAGUUUCCCCUUCAAAAAAAUUAAAAACAGAAACAAACAUGUCCAUAGCCGACAAUCUGUCUCUACUUUUCCACCAUGUUGUUUUUUCAGGCUGAAAUGGGGGAGCAACAAUAUUGGACUGACAUGUAUUUAAAGUGCACUGAUUAAACUUUUUUUUUUUUUUUUUUUUUUUACAGAUGUAGUACACCUGAUGAACAUGUAAUGUUAAGAAAUGAGCUUGCCUUGUUGUCCUCUGUUGUUUUACUUACUGUAAAAAUUAUUAUUUUUUAAAGUUUUAAAUAAAACAAGGACAUCAUGCUUA